CUUCCACCUGUUCAAUCAAAAAAAUGAACUGGGUAGGUGGAGCAAGGACUCGUGUGAGGCAUCAAAAUGAAAGGAAAUUACAAAAAGAGUUCUUUGAGAGGAAGCGCCAUGCAGUGAUAGGGAGAGGAGGAACAGCAAAACGUACCCGCCAGUCCUCUCCCCCAAUGGACAUUCAGUAUAAAAGGAUUGUCAGUCAAGACUUGAUAUCUCUUAGAGCUUUGCGUCAGACUUGCGAUGAUCAUAAUAUUGAGAAUAAAGUUAAAGACAAUGGCGCUAGAGUUCCACAAAAGAUCACUCUUCCAUCAUCUAACCAGCAGUCAAACUUCAACCUUGACCUGUCUACCUCCCCAGGCUCCCAGCCCUCUAUGCUAGACCUUGGUUCAAUCUCCUUUUACGACAAUCAACCGAAAGUCUCUACAGCAAAGUUUCCACCUCCAGCUAUGGACUUUAAAAAUAGACCAACAGCAAAAAAUGGACAAAAGUCGUUACAUAACUGGAGCUUAAAUACAACACUUAAUGCAGAGGAGACUUCUGAGUCUUUCCUUGAUGAGUCUGUGUUUCAUUCACAUCAAAGGAAACUUCAUCCUCUUUCUCCUCCUAUCCCUAAGCAGGAGCUAACAUCACAGAAUCAUUCAAUCCUUACUGAGUCAGUAUUGCCUAUUGGACACAACAGAGUCACGAAACCUCCUCCUCCUCCUCCUAAUGAUGAUUCAUUUCUAUCUGAGUCCAUCUUCCAUUCACACGUUAAGCCAUCAAAGCCUUUUCAUGUUCAUACUGGAUCUCUCCUAACAGACACUGAGUCUAUCUUUCCUGACUAUCAUUCCUCAAAAAAGCCUAUCCUUCAGCAUUCUCUAAACAAUGACCACACUCUGUUAGCCAAUUCAACCUUUCAUCCUUAUAAAGCAAUGCCUCUACAAGCUAAUAGUGAAAUCCCAAUUAAGAAACCUGCCAGAUUUCAGUGUGAUCUUGAUGAUAGACGUGACAGGAAGAGAAAGCCUCUAGCUUGCCUAGAGAACAAAUCUUCAUUUCAAUGGGAGGACAUCAAUUGGUAUAACAAGCAGAAACCUGUACUGCAUCAACAGGGACAAGGAACAAGACACGAUCAAACUGUCUACAAGAAGAAGAGAAAGAGUCCAAUUUAUGAUAGAGAAACUCCUUUCUCAACUGUACAGCAAAAAUCAUUAGCAUCACUCGUGGGCUUGCCUGCUAAAACUGCAAAUGAUACAAUUUUAAAGAAAAACAGGCAUACACUUCCAUUGUGUUGCAGUCCAGUGUUAUCUGAUGAAGAUCCUGUUGGUAUCAGUUCCAUGCUAGCCCCAGAAAAACAGUCAGUUAUUGUGACUCACUCACCCACUCAACAGUUGCUCUGUACUGAAAUCCUCUCACAAACAAGUACUGAAUCAUCUACUGAAGCAACGAUGAAGAAACAAGCUCCUCUUUCUCCUUCUCUUCCUGCUCGCACAACUUCAAACGCUUUUGAGAGUAUGAUGGUCCCUUUUGAGAAACCAUUAUCUGCUGAUACAAGCCUUAAUGGAGGUGAAUUUGCUAAUUACGGUAGGACCCCACAGAGUAGGCAUUGGAUGGAUUUCACUGGUGAUUUUAAGCCUGUUAAGAAGACUGAAUAUUCUACUUGUGAUGAAGUUGUUGAGCCAGUAUUGACUGAAGAUUUGAAUGAGAUAAAAGACAGCUCAAAGUCUCCUAGUAGCAGUUACAAUGAAAGAGAAGAGAAGAUGAACUGUUCCAACUUUGAUACUUGCAUCUCAGAAAUAAAAGCUUUAGAUUACUCUGAAGUUCAAACUCAAACUGAAGCAUGUAAUCUCAAAUCUUCAGAAACCCAGGUUGAUUCUUCCAUUCUCAGGACUGCACAGACUCAAACUGAAACAAGCGUUUCUAAAUACUCCGAAACUCAGACUGAUCCUGUUGCUGAUACGUGUUUAGAAACUGGAACCAAACCUGUGAUUCAAGAAACAUCAGCAACCCAGACUGAACCUGAUUCUCUAUUUAAAGAAAGCACUGAUGAUAAAUUGAUGCCAAUAGCUAGGGACAUACUCCGUGAUUUAAAGCUAUUGUAUGACAGUAUUUCUUCUUCUUCUACCUCAAGCAAUAAAGAUCUGUCCUUAUCUUCACUGCUCACAAAACUAGAGUGUCUUGAUGAUUUGAUAAAGAAGAGGAAGGAUGACAUUGUUUGGUGUAAACUGAUGCUUGAACUGAACAAUAAAUAAAUCAAUAAAUUAUUAUUA